ACCGUACUCUCAUGAUGACGUGGCUUUUGCUUUGCUGGAGUGUGUUGCACUGCUUCGUCGCACCGAUAUUUUGAUCUUCUGAAUUUAUUACUUUGUUACAGCGCAGACACAUUACCGUACAGUGUUAUUUUCAGUGUUUCAAGAUGAGGCGCGCGGGAUUAGGUGAGGGAUCACCGGGGAAUUAUGUUGCUAGUGGCUACAGUGUUUAUGAAGAUGAAAAUGAACAGCUACAGGAGGGACUCAGAGCUAAAGUGAGCGCAUUGAAAAGUCUGUCGAUUGACAUCGGAACAGAAGUGAAGCACCACAACAAAAUGUUGGAUGAAAUGGACACGGACUUUGACUCAACCGGGGGUCUGCUGGGGGCCACUAUAGGCCGAGUGAAGCGGCUGUCCCGAGGCAGCCAGACCAAACUGCUGUGCUACAUGCUGCUCUUCUGCUUUUUUGUCUUCUUUGUCUUGUACUGGUUCAUCAAGCUGAGGUGAUAAGAGGAUCCUGAUGGACUUGGACCUUGAAUGCCACGUGCUCCUCCCCAGUCUGUUCCAAGUCUGCAUCUGUAGACAGCAUCAGUAUGAUGGUGGCACAGGAGGACUGUUGCACAUGUGUCCGUCUACAUUUCUAGAAUGGUGCCUGUGUUCACUCAAAAAUGAGAAAAGUGCGUCAGGUCUGCGGCUGGUUGUAUAACAAAGGCAUCAUAAUUAUCAGUGGUCUGUAAGUUGUCAUUGUGGACCAUUGGGGAGUUAAUGGACUGCAACAAAGUUAAAUUAAUUGAUUCCUGUUAUGUGAAAAUGGUAAACUCCUCCCACAGGUUAAAACUUAAAUUAUAAAGGUUUGUUCUCUCAAGGAAACAUGUCAGUCAGAUAUAAAACAGGACAAGUCU